AUGCAGUCGAAGUCAACGACGUACUUUAUCGAUCUGCUCCGUCCUGAUGAGGUCCGUGCAGCGCACCAGCUCCUCCUCUCCAACUUCCCGCGAGAGGAAGUGCUCUCUCUUUCGCGCCUUGCUACUCGCUUCGAGCAGGCACCGAGCCUAUCUUUAGGUCUCUUUUUACCGCUGCAUGGCGCUUCUCACGCCAUGUCCACGAGCCCGAACGACUCACCCCGUCGUCUCGUGGCCUUUGCCAGCGCUACAGCGACGCCUGCUCCUAUUAUGCAGAGUGUCUUUGGCUCAAGUCGGUCGCCCUACGCACACGUCGUAUGCAUACACGACUUUUGCGUAGAUCGCUCGUUCCGUCGACACGGAUACGGACGCCGUCUACUCCAUGAGUUUAUCGCUCGGAUCCAGAACCAGACCACCCAGGGCAACGUCGUGGCUGGCCAAAUGUACGAUGUAAUUUCUGUGGUGUGUCCCGAGAAGCGCAUCUCGUUCUUUAAGCAGUUUGGGUUUACGGUGCAAUCCGUAAGCUACAUAUCCCGUGGUAUUGAUCCAUGGUUCGAGAUGCGUCGGUUUGUCCAUAUGGAUAUCGACCACAGUCAAGAUACCUCCUUCAUCCAAGAUGAUCCUGACUAUCUGUCCAUGUCGACGCAGACGCUUUCUUCGAUUACUGCCACCUCUGUGAGCCCUGUGUACCCGUUAUCGCUGACCAACUCUCAUACGGGCAGCGAUCAAGAUUAUGCUACGUUGGCAAACAUGUCCCACCCCGGUAUGGGUGCAGCGGUGUCUACCUCACCCCUCGCCAUGACACCUACAUCUCCUACGGGGCACAUGGCCCACGAUCAGAUGAUGGCCAUGCUUAUGAACAAGGCUACGUUGUCUGAUGGAGCUGCACGGGAUCUCGGACUUCCUCAUACCUCCCAACCGAAGACCAACCCUGGUAUGCCUUUCGAGAAGAUUUUCGGCCAAGCGAUUGCUGGCAAGACAGCCGCGGAAAAUUUCCGUACGGCUCUCAUUUCGCGUCUGGUGGACCGGAACUUGGGCCUUAAUAUGCACAAGCUCUUUUGCCCGAAUGAGGCAUGCGAUUGUGUUUUGCUUGGUCGGCAAAAGGCUGAAUGGCUCGUUCGCGAGACCGGUCCUUUGACGGAAACAGUUCCGACCACGGAAGAUGAUGCAUCACCUGAAUCCUCUCAUACUGCGGAGAAGGCCAAUGCACCGUGGAUGAAUUCGUUGUUCCAAAGUUCGUCUACCGUGGAUACCAUCGGCCCUCUGCGUGGCUUCUGGCAUGUGCCUGGGCCUAUGGGCUUUGACAAUGUGGCUUUCUCGCGCGAUGUCGAAUGGCACGUGCCUAAUCGUUCGGCGGCGGUCACCAGUAAUGCACGCAGCAAUUCCCAGAGCUCCAAUGAUGACAUGGGCUCCUCGAAGCCACGCAAGCGUUCCUUCCGUGAACGAGGCAACAGUUUCGGCAGCUUACGAAACACCUUCCGUCCUCUCGAGCCCAUUUCAUCCCACCCUGUGAAAGACACUGUGGAUGAUAACCGCCUUGAUGUGAUGCCGGGUGAGAUCCGCCAUGUGAAGUAUAUCUUGUGUCCUGACUGUGGCUGUGGUCCUCUGGGCUUUCUGAUCCACCCGCGUGAAGGCGAGUUGGCUAGUGAUCCGUUGAAGCAGGCAGAGUGCUAUCUUGCUGCUUUCCGCGUACGUUACGAUGUAUAG